AUGAGCACCGAAUCUAAGGGAUCGAAGCUAGCAGCUUCACAGCACAAUGACAUCCCUUCCAAUUCCGAGGAAGACCAGGGCGAUUCCCCAAUGAAUUGGUCAUGGAUCCGUAAACACGUUAUAUUGAUCCAAUAUAGUUUCUUCGCUGCCUGUCCGGGUUUUACAAGCUCGAUUUUGAUUCCAGGGAUCAAUAGCGUCGCUCAGGAGUUGAACAUUUCCCCCCAGACAGCAGUUUACCUGAUCGCAGUUCAUGUCCUGUUUCUAGGACUCGCGCCGUUUUUCUGGAUCGUCUGUAUGAAUGCAUACGGCCGGAGACCAAUCCUCAUCACAAGCAUGUUACUAUCCUGUUUCGCUGCUCUCGGUGGAGGCUUCGCCAAGAGCUACGGAGGCCUCAUGACAGCGCGUGUAUUCCAAUCUUUCGGAAUAUCUGCAGGCUUUGUCCUACCUGGUGUUAUUGUGGUGGAUCUCUUCAGUUCAGAGCAGCGAGGGCGCAAAAAUGGAAUCUGGGCACAGAUGGUGUCGAUCGGGGCGCCACUUGGUGGAGUUAUUGGUGGGCCCGUCGUCCGGUAUGCUGGGUGGCAGUGGGUGAUGUGGCUGACGGCAAUUACAAAUGCUGUUCAGGCGAUAUGCUUUAUCCUGACAUGUCCCGAGACCUCGUACAGUCACCGCAAACAUGGACGUACCCGGCUUCGGCUACAAUACUUCCUGGAGCCAUUUUUGAUUCUUCAGGCGCCUUAUAUUGUUCUUGUUGCGUUUGCGUACGGUGUGACAUUUGCUAUUGUUUCUGUGGGAUUGGCAGCUAUUGUGCCUAUUGCUCUUGAAAAGCAGUAUGGAUUUGGUCCGGUCGCACAGGGUCUGUUCUUCCUUGGACCAUUGAUCGGAGCUGUGAUAGGUGAGCAGCUAGCUGGUCCGGGGAGCGACUGGAUCAUGAAGCGAGAACGAGAGCGUGCUGCUGGACCUAGCAACAGACCCGGACGGCUCGAACGCCGUCUCAUCGUUGGUCUUCCUGGGGCUGUGAUGGCAGUUGCAGGGAUUUUGAUAUUUGGCUUGACUUUGCAAAACCGAACCCAUUGGAUCGGGCCAUGCAUUGGAUUCGGAGUAGCAAACUUUGGGUUGCAACUGGUUACAACCCCCUUGAAGACUUAUAGUGUUGACUGUCUUCCUUCUCGUUCGGGUUCCGUGCUUCAACUCAUCAAUGCUAUUCGCCAGAUUCUUUCCUUCACGGUGCCGUUCUGGAGUCCGGAACUAACAGACCGUCUUGGAUAUGGACUAGGAUACGGCAUUGAAGCAAUCAUCUUGGCUACCAUCUUUAUGGGUUGUAUCUUGGUUUUGUACUGUGGCGCCUCAUGGAGAGGGUCCAUGACAGUCAAGGGGCUUGUGGAUCAGCCAUAG